AUGGAGCAACUAAACAGUGAAAUUAAUGAAUUUUUAACUCAGUAUUUACCCUGUUCAAAAUCAAAACAAAUACAUAAUGAGAAACCUUUUUUGACACUUACGUAUGCUCAGUCAAUUAAUAAUAAAAUUGGAACAAGGACGGCUUCUCCGUUUGUUCUCUCAUGUAAAGAAUCAAAAACACUAACACAUAAACUCAGAAUAGAGCAUGAUGCAAUAUUAAUUGGUGUUGGGACAGCUGAAAGUGAUAAUCCACGUUUAAAUGCACGUGUUUUAGAUUCACAGACAUCCUACUAUUCUCUUGAAUUACAACCUAUUCCUGUUAUACUGGAUCCUAACUUUCGGCUUAAGUUGACACAUGAAUCAAAAAUUAUUUCUAUGGCCAAGAACAAAUGGGGACAUCCCCCAAUUAUUUUAGUAACAGAAAAUUUUAAUUGCCAAGCAUAUCAUAAACCAUCAUUUGAUGUAUUAAAUGCAGUUGGAGGAAAAAUUAUUAAAGUAAAAACAAAUAUAAAUGGGUUAUUUGAAUGGAAUGAUAUUCUUCGUACACUUCUAAAGCUGAAAAUCACAAGUGUUAUGGUAGAAGGAGGUGCUAAUGUAAUAUCCUCAUUAUUAAAAGAAUGGAAACUGAUUGAUUCAAUUAUAAUUACAAUAUCACCUAUAUUCAUAGAAGAUCGUAAUGAUGUUGUUAUUAAAAGUGCUAAUACACUUUGUCAAAUCAAAAAUAUAUCAUGGAAAACUUUUGGAAAAGAUGUUGUUUUAGCUGGAAAAUUAUCUCUUUAA